CGAACGUCGACUCCACGGUGCGAUACAGGCCGACAACCCCAAGCAACUGCACAGCAUCAACCAGGAUUAACCAGGCUCUGAGGCAUCCAAGCGGCGCUGUCGUCGCUACCCUCGAAACGUUCCAAGAUGCAUUGGUUGAUUCCUGUGAACAAGAGUCACUUUUGAAUUCGCAUUCAACUCCUCUCGACUCCAAUGAAGUUGUUUGUUGCCCUCGUCGCUGCGUCCGCUGCCGCCUCCAAGCAGUUCGUGAGCACCCUCUCGGCGGAGGAGCGCUCCGUGCUCCGCGCCGAACUCGCCGCGUGGCGCAAAGAGUUUGAACCUGCCGCCGCGGCGCAGGGCGUGUUGCCCCAAGCCAUGAUGAGCAUGUCCCCCCACGAUGCCGAAGACGACGCGCUCCAGCGGUUCUACGACAACAAGCUCGCGAUCGAAGAGGCUCGUCGCAACAACCCCGAAGCCACGUUCGACUACAACAACCCGUUUGCUCUCAUGACGCAAGCUGAGUUCAACAAGUUCGUGGAGGGCAUGUCCCUGCAGGAAAGCCGCAGUGCGUUCCGCUCGCUCCCCGAGGCCGAUUUGAACGUGAGCAGCGUCAAGGCGGCGUCGGUGGACUGGACUACCAACAAGUGCGUCAACCCCGUGAUUGGCAGCCAAGGCUUGUGCAACACGGGCUAUGUCUUCGCGGCAGUAGGUGCCGCCGAGAUGGCGCACUGCCUCGUGACGGGAAAGCGCCUCGACCUGUCCGAGCAGCAAGUGACGAGCUGCUCCACCGAGUAUGGUACCGCGGGGUGCUACGGCGGGUUGCCGCAGGGCGCCAUGACGUACUUGUCGAAGGAUGGGCUCUGCUUGGAGAGCGACUACCCGUACGUGUCGGGCCUCAUCGGUCUAACUGGCACGUGCCAGAGUCACUCGUGUACCAAGCAGAAGCUCAGCAUCGGCGCGACAGUCUACACGUGGAGCGAGGAGGCGCUGGACACGGCGCUCAACACGCAGCCUGUGGCGGUGUCAGUUGAAGCGGGCAACAUCGAUUGGAAAAACUACCGCGAGGGUGUGAUCACGCAUUGCCCUGGGUCGAGCUCAGACCACGCCGUCGUCGCCGUGGGCUAUGACGAGAAGUCGUACAAGCUCCGCAACUCGUGGGGCGACACAUGGGGCGAACGCGGCUACAUCCGGCUCCAGCGCGGUGUGGGGGGCAGAGGCAUGUGCAACGUCGCCGAAAACAUCGUGUACCCCAAGAUCAAUCGUACCCCGGCGCCUCCUCGUCCUGCUCAGUGCGGCAGUUGCACUGGGUGCUUCUAUCCCUUCACGAGAGAGUGUUUGUCCCACGGCAAGGACUACUGCGACAGCAACAGUGCUUCGUAUGGCAUGAUUUGGUGUGGUGCCAAGCCAUCUUCGAUCACUGCCACCGAGUCGACGGCAACCAUGCCUACGGGUACCCCGUAUCCGACUACCACCAAGGCCUCGCGUACCACGACCGAGCCUAAACUUUCCGCCUAG